GAGAGAGAGAGAGAGUGAGCUUAUUGAGAGAGAAAAUGAAAGGAGGGAAAAGGAAGGGUGGCGGAGAAGGAAAUGAGUCCGUACAGCCACCACCCAUGCCGGACAUGGACGGCGGUUGUGAGGUUGACAAGGCGGGUUACAGUGGCGGAGAUGCUGCGGAUGUGAUGGUGGCGGAGGCGGUUGUGGAUCAGGUGGAGAAGAAACGGCAGGAGGAGCAGAAUCAUUAUCAAGAAGGAAAAGAAAACGGGGCUGAAGAAGAAGGCGAAGAGGAAGAGGAGGAGGAGGAGGAGGUGGACAAUGAAAACGGUUACGACCAGUUCGAUGACCUUCAAAUCGAAGAGGGUGAGGCCGAAACUGAGAAGCCAAAGCUCGCAGAAGGGUUUUAUGAGAUUGAAGCCGUACGGAAGAAAAGGGUUCGAAAGGGUGAAGUUCAGUAUCUCAUCAAAUGGCGAGGCUGGCCAGAGACCGCAAACACGUGGGAACCUUUUGAGAAUCUAUUGUCAUGUUCUGAUGUUAUUGAUGCAUUUGAGGAAAGCUUGAGUUCAGGGAAACAUUCACGUAGACGAAAACGCAAGUAUAGAGGGCCUCACACUCAAUCCAAGAAGAAGCUACAGCAGCGUUCACCUGCAGCUGCUACUUAUAAUUUACCAGCUGUGAAGGUCAGGAUUAUUGAGGAGCCUUUGCCUUUUCCUCCUCUAAAUGACUCAAGCCUUACAAACGAGGGGGACACUAAUGUAGGGAGUGUCAACAAUGUUGAAAUAGCCAAGGAAGGGAAGGAGAAUGGGUCUGCAAAGGUUGCCUCACAGAUUGAAGAAAGGAAAGAACAGAAUGAGUUGGACUGGACGCUUAGUGAACUGAAAGGAACUGUAACUGUCAAGGAGGACCAUGUGGAUAAGUUUUCAGUACAUUUCCAACCAGCUUCGGCAUCAGAAGGAAAUGGAACUGUCAAUGGAUUGUCAAAGGUUGAUAGUGUGGAACCAGUUGAAGUGGGUCGUCGUACUGGAGCCAGGAGGAGGAAGUCUAGUUCUGUUAAGAGGUUUAAGCAAGAGUCAGUCUCAUGUGUAACAAAUGAACAACUAAUCGCAAUGGCAAGAAGCACUGGUGGUGCUUGUGGUAUAAUUGGACAGCAAGGGAUCCAGAAUCUGAAUUUCAUGGGGAAUGAUUUGGGUUGCAUGAAUAACUUUGAUAAUUCCAAAAAUAUGUUUACAAUCACAGAGAUCAUCAAGCCUAUGAGCUAUUCAGCUUCUGUGUCAAACAACAUUCAGGAUGUCUCUGUGACCUUCUUGUCCCUGAGGUUCGUGAUCAAACUCUAACUUUCUCUUCUUCAUAUUUCCAUGGUUAACUUUGUGUUUCAAUUUUGUUCUGUGACCCUAAAGGGUAGAAGUUCUCUGGAGCUUCGAUUUAGUUCAAAUGCAAUUCAUUGAAUACAUCGUUCAAAAACACAUGCUCUUGGGAUUAACCUUUCU